CCCAUCGAUGGACCGAAAGCUUCCGGGUCACUAAGAUGCAGUGGCUCGCGCACCAGUAGGCUCAUAAACUAAGCUAGCGCUUAAAAAAUAUGUAAUAGUGGAAAUUGGAGUCGUCACGUCAUAUGGAAACCCGUUUUCUCGCUCUGUUUGUUUUCGCAAUUCAGUUUAUAAACUUUUCCGUGUGAGGCCGUCUAGUACUUUGGUGUUGCGGCUUGUAAAGGGAGCGCAGCGCUUAUGUCUGCGACUAAAUUCAAGUUCUCCAGGGAUCCAGCUAUCACUGUCACAUCAAGGUAAAAGUAAUGUCAAGACCGCGCCCAAGAUCUCCCGUGCAUCCGUACAGAUUGAGUGCUUCAAAGAGGAGGAGUUCGGGGCAUUUUGAAGAUCAUCACUGUCCCGACAGCCAUGCUAUGGAUUUUGACUUACACAGACAAGCUGGUGAGAGAGGUGACACUUGGCCCCAAGGAGGCAGGUGGCACCGUGAAGACCGGCCCAGGGCAGGGUCACCAGACCAACACCGGAUGUGGAAGAGAGGCCGUUCCCGUAGUCCCCAGAGACGAUCCCCUCAUGCCGGGAGCACUGUCAGGCGACGUGGAAGCCCACUAUCAGUACUGGACAGGGGUCAUGAUGAACACCGACAGUCUUUUGGAAGAUGGCCACAAAGCCCAGGGCAGCGGAGUGGCAGUGGUAGCAGGAGGGGCACAGCCUUCAAUGACAACUUCCAGAGGUACCCUGAAGAAAGGGUUUUCUCCAGGAAGAGGGUGCCCUCGCCGGACACUCACUAUGACGCCAGGCUCAACCUGAGAGACUCGCUUUCUGGAUGGGACAGAGGUAGCCAUAGCAGUAACCAUCAGGAGCAGCAAGAAUGGGUUCCAGAGAGAGGAGCAAGGGAGCACAGAGAGACAGCCUUCUACCAUCCUGGACGAAGACAGAGGUUUGUGGAAGGUGCUCAUUCACCGGAUUUCCAGCACUUACGGGAGAGAUCAGGGAGGGAACAUCGGGACCCCAGCAGCCCAGGGCGGGGGCACGUCAUUGUGGAAUACGACCAUGGAAUCUCAGACCACGGUCCGCCCUCGCAGGUCAAUCGCUACUAUCGUAGUGAACACCAAAGACACGGCCGUGAAGAGCGAGACUGGUCGGGAGAGGAGCAGCAGGAGAGGGUUCAUCUUGGACAAAAGGAGCCCAGAGUCGGGCCAUUGCAGGACAGGAGGAGCCCCGUGCGCGAAAGGAGGAGCCCCGUGCGCGAAAGGAGGAGCCCCGUGCGCGAAAGGAGGAGCCCCGUGCGCGAAAGGAGGAGCCCCGUGCGCGAAAGGAGGAGCCCCGUGCGCGAAAGGAGGAGCCCCAUUCGGAAUAAGGCGACCUCAACCCAAAGUUUGCCAAGACAGCAGGAAUCACAGGCCAAACCCAUGUCUCAGGACCUCCUUAAUUGCCUGACAAUGGAUUCUAAUGGGGAUGUUGACCUUCGAUAUGUUGGACCCAGUUUAGCUACAAAGAAAAUGCUGCAAAUGCCACCACAGAGCAAGAUCAAGGUGACAGGAACGCGGCCUGACAAAGGGGAGAGAACUCCCACUGCAGCAUGUGGAAGAGACCGCCCCCAGGAGACUCUCACUAUCAAGGUGGACAUGGGGGGCCCUGCAGUAGGAAACAGCCAGUCACUGUCCUCGACGGACCGGCAGCUGUCUUUAGACCUGGUCAGCGUGGGCCGGCAGCGCCUGGACUUCCUGCCGGCACUGGAGCAAUUGGGGACCCGUGGAGAGAACACAUCCCAUUCGGGGACAUUUGCCCAGGAGAUCAUCACUCUAGUGCAUCAGGUCAAAGAACGCUGUUUUAAGAGGCCACUCCUGACCCUCAACCAGAGGUUCUCCACUGUCCAGAGUAGGCAGCUAAAUGAGGAUGUGGAGGAGGAGCAGGUGGAGGAGGAGAAGCCUGGACGAGCCAGCAGCCCCCGGAUAAACAGACGCAUCGACAUGUCCCUGUCUGAGCUGAGAGCGUUCCGGAACGUCGGGCCCAAACAACGGCGAGCGCCGGAUGACCCCAGUGACCUCCGGCAUGACCUGGAACGCCGCCGGCUAGAGCGGCUGGAGGAGGUCAAGGUCACCAUUCCUGGUGUGGGCUUUCGCCAGGCCCCUGGGAGCAUGCAGAGUGACACCGAGUUUUCCAGCAAGGCCCAGGGCAACUUAGGAGGCUGGACGGCAGCUGGGCAGAAGGGCAACAAGGCAGGGAGUGUCUCCGAGACGCGGCUUGGAUUCACUAGACCUGGUUUCGGUCCGCAGAGCAAAUCAAGCCGCAUUCAGAACCGCCCUGGACCACGCUGGCGCCAGACUGAAAACAGUGCCAAAGUCACCGAUUGGUGAGAUGGACAGAUGAAGAUACUCCAGCAAAUGAAGAUGCGUGAGGCUUGUAGAGGCGCUGGGCGACCUGUGGCCCUGCUGCUUCUGUGUGUAGCAGUAUGCCCCACCAAAUCCAAAGGAAGCGUUAUUCCUAUAUUGUACCUCCCUGGUUCUGUCUGAGACAUACGGUCCGGACUGCGGUGGGGGGGUUCUGAGUAUGGACAUGCAGGCGGGCAGUGUCACUUUGGGAGGCCAUGUAACUGACACGUCUGCUGCUUUAUGCUGCCAGCUGUUUUGUGGUCUAUUCUCAACUGCACUGCAGGGAAUCCGGGCCUGAAUAAAUCUGCGUUUUAAAA